UCUUGCACCGGUGGAAAGCAAAAGAAAAGAAAGGGAAACAGUGAUCUAUCUCUUCAGAAAGCACCAGGAUCACUUGCGCAACGCAGAAUGGCCCAAACCCAGCACCCCUUUUUGGCGCUUCUGCCACAUAUAACAAAACCCUUGAAAAAUAAAAUAUCACCUACAAACCCCGAGGUUCUCUACUCUUUUCAGUGCCACCAAAACCCACGUAGAGAAAAACAAAAAUGGAAGAUGAGGGAAUUGAAGCAGUGUUGGCUAAAGCUACAGACUUGAGAUUCAAAAUCAGUAAUUGCAUCCAUAAAGCAACCACCAACAACAUUUCCAACAACAUAAAGAAUCAAUCUUUUGAAGAAGAGAAGCAAGAGAGUGACGGUCUUGAAGAGCAAGGAGAGAAGAGAAAGAGUCCUAAGAAUUCGGAGUUUCUUGAUGGGGUUUUAUUGAGUGAAGCAGAGGAAGGAGAUGAUGAUGAGACUGAGAGGCUUUUGCGUAUCCGUGAUGCUCUCGAGUCCCUUGAGAACCAGCUCUCUAACUUGCAGGCUUUGCAGCAGCAGCAACGUUAUGAAAAAGAAGUAGCCCUUGGUGAGAUUGAACAUAGCCGCAAGAUAUUACUGGAUAAGCUGAAGGAGUACAAUGGGGAAGACUUGGAAGUAAUAAAGGAAGCCUCUGCAUUUGCUGGGGAAACUGUGGAGCAUAACAAUGAUCUCUUGCUUCCUCCAUAUCCUAGCCGCCUUCCACAGUCCUUGAUUUUAAACAAUCGCCAUCUUUCCCACUUUCAUUCCACACACAAGUCCAAUGGGAUAAUAACUGGUGAAGCAAAGAGGUAUCAGGACGAGUCAGAAAGCAAUCAGGUGCAAACUGCAUCCAACUCAAGAAAAGGGUUGGGACACAUCAUCAGUGCAGCAGCCAAGACUGUGAUUACCCUUGUUGGUGUAAUAUCAAUGUUAAGCUUGGCUGGUUUUGGACCUGGCAUUGGAAAGAAAAAUGUUCCUCUCAAGGUUUUAGGCUUGUGUCGGCAACCAGCAGCUGAUGAGAGGAAACAAAUUGUUCAAUGCCCACCUGGGAGAAUCAUGGUACAGGAAGAUGGGGAAGUUCGCUGCGUCGUGAAAGAAAGGGUGGCAGUUCCUUUUAAUUCAGUGGCUGGAAAGCCUGAUGUAAAUUAUGGGAGUGGAUAGUUUCAUAAUUGGUGUCUUAUCUUUAUUCUCUCUUUUCGAAAGUUUUGGUAGAUUUAUUGUCUAUCUUUUUUACACUUUCAUUCUUCAUUAUAGUGAAUGAAGAGUUUCCUUCAA